CCCAGAAUUGCGUCCGGGUCGACGCGGCGCUAGGCUUGCUGGGAGACGCAUAACCCCGAUUUUCUUCCGCCAGCCGGCUAAAUAGUCCCAUGUGCACGUUGUUCCACGGAUAAAUAAAUGAUAGGAACGCCUUCCAACCCUGUAUUUCAGUAGAAAUGCUAAACGUAAAGGAAUAUUUGAGUAAAGUGAGUGGCCGUUCUUGACGCCCGUCACCUAAAGAUUCUCCCGGUGGGCGCGUAGGGAUCUCUUACUAUAUAAGAGGGCCCUGCCGCUUGUCGCCUUCUUUCUCUGCUGCGAGCUUCCAAAAUGACAAAGAAAAGAAGGAACAACGGUCGUGCCAAAAAGGGCCGCGGCCAUGUUCAGCCUAUUCGCUGCACGAACUGUGCCCGAUGCGUGCCGAAGGACAAGGCCAUUAAGAAAUUCGUCAUUCGAAACAUAGUGGAGGCCGCAGCAGUCAGGGAUAUUUCUGAAGCGAGCGUCUUUGAUGCCUAUGUACUUCCCAAGCUCUAUGUGAAGCUACAUUACUGUGUGAGUUGUGCAAUUCACAGCAAAGUAGUCAGGAAUCGAUCUCGUGAAGCCCGCAAGGACCGAACACCGCCACCCCGAUUUAGACCUGCGGGUGCUGCCCCACGACCCCCACCAAAACCCAUGUAAGGAGCUGAGUAAAAGAUUGAAGACAACUAUUCCCUGGAGAAAAAUAAAAUGGAAAUCGUACUUGA